UCACUGUUGUUCUAUACAACGCGUCCAGUCAUUGGAUGCCACUGCCCACCUCACUGCGCAGCUGCCUGAGCUAGAUCUAAAUCUGACUACUCUUGGUGACGCUGGUGUUGUUGAUGUCCGGGACGACAAUUUUCCGGACAACCCGGAUGGCAGGGAGGAACCACUGCCUGGACCGGCCGCUGGUCGAAAAGUCCUCGAGGCCAAAUUAGUGGAAGAAGUGGAUAAAACAUUUAUAAAACUCCUUACUCCUGGGCUGAAGUGGGACGGCUCCUCUUUUGCAGUUCCUCGCGGGGAAUAUCGCUCUGUGAAUACCAUGGCCGUGGAGGUUGGCAGCGAUGAGUGGUUGACCUCCCUCUGGCAGGACAUGUCUGGACUUUUGAUGCUUUUGCCGUCGGAAGAAAAGGACCCACCUGGCUACGUCCCACCCCUGAUGCGGCGCUCACCGCCUCUCAUGACUUGCCCCAACAUUCCCUUUUCUGUGCACCUGAAGUCUUUCCAGGAUUUAGAUACACUUGAUUUGCGUUGA